UGGAUGAAGAAAAUGUAGGUUAAAUGACACUAAAUAUUUGGGAAUGUAACUAAGGAAAACGUCAUUUAAGAUAACAUAGGCUAUUGCAAAACAAAUGUCUAAUUCUCUCUAUUAAGUCAAUCACCAGUUUAGCUAUGAUAUGGCUGUAGCUCUAUGAUGUCCUUUGCAAGAAUCUAAUCUGACAUUGACAUGAAAUUCCUAUGUCCUUCAGGUAGUACAGAGAGAUGAUGAUGAUCCCCCGAGGGAGGGGAGGGAGGUUGUUGAGGAAGAACCAGUGGCCCAGCUCAAGAAGGAGCCCAAGAAGACAGGAAAGAUGACAAAGGAACAGCUUGCAAAAUUGUGCAAGACCAUUGUCAACUUCAUUGCACAGACCACCCUGCAGAUCCUGCUGCCGGCCCUGGCCCGCAUUCUAGGGGUGACGGGCUUUUAUGACAACGCUGACUCACUCAAGAGGGGUGGCAGUGCAAGAUCCUUCACUGCCUUUGAGCAGAAAAGACUAGAGCUCAUCCAGGAAGUUAAAUAUUUGGCGAAGUAACUGUGGCGGCAGGGCUCUCCGACCAAGGUCUAGCACACCCUCUUCCAAGAGUUCCCAGACCUCACUGAAAGUCCACCUGGGAAUGCCAGAGGACAGUAUCAUCAGCAGUGUCCAGGAGCAACUGUCAAAAUCUGAACAAAUGGUGGAUGCAGGACAGCUUUCACAAAUAGAUAAAGUGGUUGGAACUAUGCUGGAGAACAUUGAGAAGAUAAGCAGCGAAUGUGGCGAGGAAUUGGUCUAUCAAGAGUCACUGCGGUCUUCCUCCUCGUUUUCAUUCUCAACUGCCAAAUCACAGAAGACAGAGUGGGAAUUUGCACUCCCAUUCCUUCUGAGUUACCCGAGAGUACUGCUCAGCCCAUUGUAAGAUGCUCAGUCAUUGACAUGAGCGAAUCUACUAAGCCAAAAACAAUGGUGUGUGAUGCCAGAACAAGCAUGUUUGCCAUAGCCGAUACCAUCAUGAAAAAGGUAUAUCCAGAGGCAGAAGGGCAGGUUACAUCUCACCCUGAUCUAACAGAUCCAAUAGCUAGACUGGAGGAGCUCAUAUCUCAGGGUAGGAUUGGUGCUCUCUCCCAUGAUCUCAGUCACCAAGUCAACCGCAUAAUUUCCGAUAGCAACUUGACCCCUCUGGGACUGACAGUGGCGGCUGGAAAGAGUGCAUCUGAUACCAUCCUUUCGAAGCUGAAGAGGAAUGACAAGGUGGGGAAGCCCACAACUUACGAGCUGGUUCAGCUGUUUGUAGAGGAGUCUGUUAAGUGCCUCCUGCUUCCUAGUUUUGUGCCCUAUUCAACUUCAAUGAGUUUGGCUCAGGGGGCCAAGGUGUUGGCUAGAGUGUCUGAAGAUAGAAUUUCAUGCUCUUCUUCUUCUUCAUCAGUAUUUAGUGACAGUCAGUCUCUUUACCAAAGUUAUGGUAAGCCAGGUCAUGUACUCUGUGGAUUCUGAUGCAGAAAGUAGAGGAUCCUCUCCAACUGAAUCUCUCCAAACAUCUGAACCCACUAUAUCUGAUGUAGGCAAUCUAUUGAGUGGCAAGUCCUCCCCUCGGCUGUCUCCUUCUGGCACCAUUAUGGCAACAAGCGAGACCUCCAAUGCAGCACAAAUCUUGAAGGCCAACAUUGAUGGAGAGGAAGUGGAUACCACCAGUCAUUCUGGUGUAGCUCAAAACAUUGUCAGGGACGAUAUGUCAACCAGCCCAGACAUGGUCAAAGAUGUCACACUUCCAACCCCAUCCUCUGAUAACUUGGGCAGUGAUGAUGACUUCACCGGCCUCAUCAGCAUGUUAGUAAUGAGAAUUCUAACAGAAAUCCAAACCCCAGCAGAAGAUUACCCAGUUGACGUCACACGCAAGUCACAAGACCUGAUCCCUAAAGUUAUGGAGGUCUUCUGUGCAUGGUCAGGCUGCUCUGAGACACAAGCCUAUCCAGAGAACUUGAGGAUUCAUAAAGUCUACAGAGUAGUCUAUAAAAAUCUGUUGGAGGAGUUUGACUUGGAGAAAAUCCUCCAACAGGCCGUGUCGACUCAGGACUCUUCAUUUGAUAGGAUUCUUGUCAAGUCUUUGAGUGAAGCGCUUCUCCACAGAUGUAAUGAGGCAUUGAGGGCAGCCUCAAGAACGGAGCGACGCCUGGUGAAGAAUCCUGAGCUUGCAGAAGUUCAUAACCGAGAGAUUCAUAACCUUGUGAAGGCAGGCUUGUCCCAACCAGAGAACGAGUGGCCGACAGCCCCCAGGCGUACGGCCCCUCCGCAACCAACUGAAGCUUAUGAGUUAAGGAGGUCCGCCCAAUGCUACAGCAUUUCUACGGAACCAACAACGGCUCUCCCUGACCUAACACAAUCCCAAACACUGCCGGAUCUGAUCACUGCCACAAACCAGACCUCAGAUGGGGUGGCUUCUAUACCUACCUCCCUCGCGGCAGAGACACUACUCCAGCAAGCACAAGCAGUUAGCUUCCCUGAGGAGUUAAAAGCUCUGAAAGCCGGUAGGGAAGUGGCUAAGGACAGCCGUCUUCUCUCUCUUGCCCCAGAAUAUGAUCCAAUCCUUGGAGUGAUCAGAGUCGGAGGGAGGCUGCGCCAAGCAGAGGUUUUGGACCCAGAUGCUAUCCACCCAAUUAUCAUUGACUCCAAACCCUUGGGAUAUCUCUCUGCAGACAUCGCUGACCCCGAUCCGGUUACACCGAAUAUGCUCUUGAUGGGACGCCGAGAUGCGUCACUUCCUCAAGCCAUGUAUGCUGAUACCAACCUCGUAGGCAGACGCCGGUGGCGACACAGCAAAAUCUUAGCUGACCAUUUUUGGGCCCGAUUCAUUCGGGAUUACCUACCAAGUCUACAGCACAGAGGGAAAUGGCGGAGAGAAAUGGCCAGCCUGGAAACUGGCCAAGUAGUAAUGAUGGUGGACCCUCAGCUGCCUCGAGCCUCCUGGCCGGUGGGCCGUAUAACUAAGACUAUGCCUGGGACCGAUGGUCGUGUUAGAUCAGUGAAGAACCGGACAUAUAUCCGGCCAGUUGCCCGACUAAUUCCUCUCCCUGAGAUGACAGAGGACGGGGAGCAAUGAGCCUUUUUUGAGGAGUGUGGAAUUUAACAAAUUUCCGGGGUGGCUGUAGAAAAGGCCCAUUGCCAUUUACUCAGCUGGACCAGGGGCGCUCUAAUUAGGUCAGGUGGAAAUGUCCGACAGAUCUCAACUCCAUAAAAGGAGGAAAUUGCCAUCGCCUG